AUGUAGGAAGUAAUCGCUCUCUCAGAUUAUAAACUUACUAAAGAGCUUAACUAUUUAAUUAAGGAUAAGCAAGAAAACUAUUUUAGCAAUGAAAACUGUUUUUCUAAGCUUAUAGAUAAUAUGCUGGAUAAAUUAAAAGAAGAUGAAAGGAAGUAAACAAUCGGCAAAUUAGACCAACUUUUUCCAGAAUUGAAACUUUAAAAUCCUGUGGGUUAGCCAUAGGUCUACUCAAGUACAUGUGAUAGUCCAUUAAAAUCUGAUAGAUCUUAAUCAAGAAUAAAUUCAAUUACACCCUAAUCAAAAAAUAUUCGGAAUCAUGAUUUCUCUUUUUAUGAAGAAUUGGAUAAUGUAGCAAGGGCUUAAGAUUGGGUGUAAUUAUAGUAAAUGCUUUCAUAAAAUUAUUUUUAUAUGGAUGGCAAAUAUCCAAAUAAUUUUAUUAAACUAAAACCUCUUGUUGAGAAGCUCAAAGACAAAGCCUUUAUACUAUUAGAUUUAGCAGAUUACUUUGAAGACUGUUAAUUUUAAUUAAACCUAUCAAUAUUAAAAAAAUUAUUACUCUACUUCUAUAUGCCUAAUGAUUUAAAUUUGACAUAGGAUGAAUCUUAAGAAAUAGAGUAAUUGAUAGGAGAAAUAAUAAACUAAAGCUGGGUCUAAUUUGAAUAUCAUCAAAAUUAACUAAUUUAGAAUAAUGAAAAUAAAAGUUAAUUGGAUCUUUUAAAAGCUAUACCAUAUAUGUUAACUCAAACUCCUUAAAAGUAAAGAGAGAUCAUUGAAGAUGAAAUACGAAAGGUUUUGAACGCUUAGACGAUGAUUUCAUAAUAAGGAGAUUUUGAAUUUUACAUUUCAAAAGAAAUGCCUAUUAUAUUCGAAGUGCAAAGAAUCUAUUAUCAAAUUUGCUUUUAUUUCAUGUCCGUUUUUUAUUAGAAGUAUAAAAAUAAUGUGAGAUUUUGUGAAAAUGAAAGGAAUAGACUUUUGAAUUCCUAUAUUGAAGAAAAGACCUAAUAAAAAUCACAGAAACAAACAUAUUAAGAUAGUUUAUUUAAUGAUAACUAAUUAGAAAAAUUCUUUGUUAAUUAUCAAGUUCAAUAGAGCAUGAGCAAAAUUUCUGGAAAAGGCAUAAUUUUUAAAUCCAAUGAGGAGCUCUUAUAAUAUUUUAUUGACACAAACUUUUACUAUUUCAACAAAUAAUAGCACAUUGUGGAUAUCAAAUAAUAAAAUAAACGUUUUGCCAAAAUUUUGAAUCUUCUUACAGAAAUAAUUGAUGAAGAUAAGAGAAAAAUAGCAACAAUUAUUAAAAAAGUAAUUUAGGAUUCAUAAGAUAUUUUUGAAAUUCUUGAUGACAUCUAUGAACUAAAAUACCAAUAUGAUUAAGAAUAAGUAGAAGUCAUUUUCAGAAUUAUAUGUGAAAUGUUAAACAAAAACUUUGAAGAAUUUUGGAUAUAUAGAUUGGCUUUGGGUAAAAAUUUUAAAAAGAAACAUAUUCCAAAUUUAAAAAAGAUCUAAAAUAUAAAAGAGAAGAUGAAAAUAUAAGAAAUGGUUUAAAUAGUGAAAACUUUCGAUAGGGAAUUUUGGGAAAUUAUGUAAAAGAAAUUUCUUAAAUAUUAUUGCAUAAUUCUCAAUUCUCUAAUUUAACAUACAAUGUCAAACCAAUCAGGAAAUCCAAAAGAAGUUAUCCAAAUUUUAAGAGAUCAAUUUAAUUAAAAUAAAAUGCUUUAAUAGUAAAUUCAAAAUGCUUAAUUCUUUUAUCAUUUAUUAUAAAGCCUAAAGGAUGAAUAAGUAAGCAGUUUAUUUUUGGAAAAUCAAAAAUAGAACUUAUCGUUAUAACCAUAUCUUUUAUCCGUGGAAAUCUUAUUUUAGGUAUUUUGCUCGCUUUCAAAUGAUACUGAAUAACAACAAUUUAAAAAUAGUCUUGAAUAAGGAUUCAAAUAGUUUACUUCUUAUCAUCUUAAUUUUUUAAUAGAAUAGUCAUAAAAUAAAAUAAGUAAGAGUGUCUUAGAUUAGAUCUAUACAUUAAUUUACUAUUGGACUUUUAAAAAAAACAAUAACCUCGAAUAAGAGGCAAAAUCCUUUUUUUUAAAUGAUCCUCAAUUAUAUAAGAAAACAUUUUCAAAAUUGAACUAUUUUGAUAGUUAGAUUUUGACGGCUGAUAAUUUGGAAUAUAUGGAAAAAAAGAAAUAAUACGACAUUUACCCCAGAAGUCUUUAAAUCAGUGUAGAAGAAUUUAAUAUAACCUUAGUUGAAUUAAAUCAACAAGACUAAUAUCAAUUAGUAUAUGCUUGGGUCUUAGACAUUAAAAAUAAUAAGAAGUUCAAAAAUCUUUUACCAUUUUACUUGAAUAUUAUUAAAAGAGGGGAAUCUCCAACAAUUUUUUUAAAUAUGAUAAACCAGCUUAUAUAAACCUAGUAAGAAUAGUCUAUCAAGUAUGGAUAUUUUAAUUUUAAAUCAAUGUUUUAGCUAUUAUAUAUUAAUUCAAAUGUUGAAUUGUAAUGCCUCCUUUUAAAGCAAAUAAGUUAGAACUAUCCUAUACCUUUCCUUUAUAAAAUUCCUUAUGAAGAUAAAUCAAAAAAAAUAGAAAGCUUCUUUUUGAAUUUAAAUAUAUUUUAUAUCCACCAAAUGAGCUUUACAAUUAUUAACCUGAGCUUAUAAUAGAUACAAAAAAGAAUAGGCAAAACCUAAUUAAUUAAUAAAAUAUUUUAUUAAUAAGAUAAAUUCGAAAUAUUAGACAAUAAUAAACUAAAUAAUUGUUCCAUUGAUAUAAUGUAUGAUUCAGAAUUCCAAGGAACAAGAAAUUUAUCAAUAGCAGAUGUACAUAGUUUUAUCCCACUUGAGAUAUUAGAUGAAAUAUUGCCCUUGUUUAAAUUAUGGAUUGUUUAAUUGGAUACGGAAAAAGAAAUUGAGUCCACAAUUUCUAUUUUGGAGUAACUUAAAUCGUUUUAAUUAAAAAAUAAAACUGUGUGCUUUCUUAUAAGAGAUUCUUCUUCUUAAUUAGAAUCUGCUUAAAUUAUAAAAUUAAAGUAGUUAAAUAUUGAAUACAAAUAAGUAGUUAAUUUGACUGAUAAUAAUUUAAAUAAAUAUGUACUUAAUAAUGAAAUGAAAUAAGUUAGCUAAUUUUUAUAUGAUUUAAUAGAAAAAAAUGAAAACGAUAAUAUGAUUGAUGCAAAUCAAUUUUUUAAUGUAAUCUCUCAAAUAAAGAAUUAAAAUUUAUAAUAUACUUAAGAAAUUGGAUCGACUUGGCAAAUCUUAUCUUAAAUUGAAUAGAAUUUAGGCGAAAUUAAUUAAUCAGAAGUCCCAUUCCUUUAAUCCUUUGGUUUUUUAUUAUAGUAAUAAAAUUUCUAUAUUCUACAUCUUAAAUUUAAGGAUAUUUUAUAGCAAUUUAAUUAAAGUAAUUCCCAAGAGAAGAGGAUCACAAUUGGAAAAUUAAUGGAUAAGAUUUCCUAAAUAUAACAAAUGAAUCCAGAUCAUUAAAUUCAGAGUUUAAUGUAUUAAAAACUUGAGGAAUUAAUUUUGAAAGGAGAACCUUUUUAAUUAAUAGAUUCUGAAUCAUAAUUUGUCUAUUCCAAAAAUAUACUAAAAAACUUAAAAGAUUAAGGAGAAACCAUAUUCAUAAGUAUUUUAGGAUCCGGUUCUGGGAACUCAAAUAUUUUAAAUAAAAUUUUUGGAUCACCAGUAUAGAGGUACUCCAAUGUUAAUACUGAAGGAUAUUAUUUUUAAUUAUUGAAUAUAUACAAUAAAAGCAUUUUUGGAGAUUUAUUUAAAUAAGUUAUCGUUUUAGAUACUGAAAUAUUAGAAAAUCACAAUUAAGAUUAUGAAGAAUCGACGAAAAAAAUUAUCCUAUUCAUCUUGUCUAUAAGUGACAUUAUUAUUAUAAAUACUGAGGGAGAUAUAAAAACAGAGUUCAAGUAAUUAGUCGAGACCAGCAUUUAUAAUAUGGCUAAAUUAGUAAAUACUCCUAAGUAGAUAACAUGGUGUUUCCAUUAAAAUAAUAACAAUUUAGAAAAGAAUAAUGAUAUAAUUUUAAAUCAUUUGUAGAUUAUUGAAUAGGAUUUGAAAUAAGAAUUUAUUUAUUAAGUUAAUGAGGAGAAAGCUCAAUAUUAUGAGGAAAUUUUUGAUGUUGAUUAAUACAAAACAUUGUAGGGGUAUAUGAAAAUUGAAUAUUUUUGGAAAUAAAAUAAGAAUUUGGAUAUGAAAUAUAAUUGGAGACAAUUAAUACAGAAUGAUGAUUUCUUUAAUGACGCAUGUAGUUAUGGGAUUUAAAAUAUUUAAGCCUUUAUAAAAAAGAGAUAGAAUUAAAGUUAAUCAAGAGGAUAGCUUAUAUAAAAUAUAGAGCAAAUUAGUGAAUAAAUAAAUAAAAUGGACGAAUUAUCAGAAUUUAAAAAAUUAAAGUAAUUUCAACAAAAUGAUUUUAUGUUGCCAUAAUAUAAGGAAAUUUUAUCUAAUAUUAAAUUUCCAUGCAAUGAUUAAAUUAAAGAAAGUAUAGAUUUAAGUCUGAAUUAAAAUAAGCAUAUUCUCUCAAUAGAAAUAGUAAAUACUAUUUACAAUGAAUAAUUUGAAAACAUAAAAUACUAUGAUUAAAUUUAAUUAGAAGUAAAUGAAAAAUUAAAGUCCAUUUAAGAUGAUAAUAAUAUAUCAAAUAAAAUAUUAUCUAAGUAUCAAAAAAUGAUAACUGAAGAUAUUAAUGAGAAAAAGUAAGAGACCAUCAAUAUUAUCAAUUCUAAAUUAUAACAUUUGGACUAAUUUCAAUAAAUAAGGGAAAUUUAGUAAGAAUCACUGAUGAGGGAUAAAUUCAACUCAAUAGUGAGUGGCUAAGUGUUUCCAGAAAAAUCAGAAUUCAUAGCAAAUAUUUAAUAAUAAAUUUAAGAAAAUAACUAAGAAAUAACCACUGAAAAAGUAGAAUUAAUCAAAACAGAAUAAAUUGAAUAUCUUGGUUAGAUAUUUGAUUAAAAGGAGAAAGAAUUAAAGUAAUAAAUAGCAGUCCUUUAACGAGAAAAUAAUAUAAAGGAAGAAAUUAUCUAAAAAUACGAAGUGAAAAUUUAAGAGUAAAAACAUGUUGAAUUGUAAGCUUGCAGUCUUGCUAUUUCUUCAGAAACAAAAAAUAUUUAAGCAAACCUAUCAAAAACUUAAGAACAAAAAUUAUAUUAAGUCAAAAUAAAAGAAGUGCAAUAAAAUCCUGAUAUGAUAAAAGAAUUAAAGGAAAAUCCCGAUAAGUUGAAAGCUGUAUAUAAUUAAGUUUAAAAUGAAGCCAAAUUGAAAAAAGAAAAAUAAGAUGAAGCUUUAUUAAAAGAUCGCUGCAAUGAAUUUUUCAAUAUUAUACAAUCUUAAAUUAAAGGAUCCUCACUAUAAUCUACUUCAUAAGAAAAUUAUAAAUAAGCAUUCCUUGAAAAGUUAAUUAAAAAUCAACCAAAAUAAUAAGAUCAUGUUGAGUAAUAUAAUAUACUCUAGUCAGAAUUAUAAUAACCAUAAUUUAAAUUGCUUGAAAAACAAGAUAAAAAAUAAUAUUUAGAAAUUUUCACUCAAAAUAUUUAAAACAAACUCGCCAGUAGUGCUGAUAAACCCAUUUUGCAGUUAAAUCAAUUUUAUAUAAAAGUAAUUAAAUGCAUCAAAAAAUAAGAUAUUGAUAGUUACAUGAAAAAUGGCAACAUGCUAACAGAUUUUGAAAGUGAAAUUAAAAGUAAUGAUAAAUAUCAAAUAUAAACCUUCUUAGAAAAAUUUACCGUAUUUGAUUUUGAGAUUAUAGGUUAGAAUGUUGAUUAACUUUGUUAGGCAAUUUAGAAUGGAAUUCAAGGUUAAUAAAAAUAGCAAUCUCUUUUGUAAUGUUUUAAACCAAUUCAAAAAUAAGAUACCUUAAAUAUUUUGAAUGAAGACUCUAUAAAUAAAAUUCAAAAGAAUUGUUAAUAAUUAAAUAAAGUUCUGAGUCAAUUUGAAGUAAUUCAAAUUAAUAAUAAUUCUGAAAUAGAUAAACAAAAAAUACAAGAAAACUACUUAAUUGAGACAAAACCAGAAAUUUAAAAAAAAAUAAAAAAUUUUAGCCAACUAGAAAUUGAUAUUUUCACAUACAUUAUGAAUUAACAACAAAAUUUAGAAAACAAAUUUAAUUCUAAUAUUGUAUCAUUAAUUUCAAAGUUAAUGAAUGAUGAGUAACAAAAAGGUUGGAAUAUGUUGUAUGAGCAGAUUUUCUAAAUGGUAUAUGAUGAUAUGUUAGUUAAGAAUACUGUUACAGCAUCUUAAGAGAAUUUUGCAGGUUUGAUAAAAAGAUUGUAACAAAGACUUGAAAUUUAAAUUAAGGAUUUUAAUAAAUAAUUUUCACUAUUCGGUGUUUUAUUAAAUGAAAUAGGAGAAAGAAGCAUUUAUAAUUAUGCUAUGUUUAUGAUUUGGAGAAUAGUAUGCUUUAAAUAUUGGGAGUAAAAAAAGAAAAAUGAUGAAAAUGAAUAAUAAGAACUAGAAAAAGAUCUAUUUAUUAAAUUUAAAGCCGACCUUCUUUAAAAUAGAUAAGAGUAAAGCGAAAUUCGAGGUAAACAAUAAGCGACUGAAAUAAUAAAAUUAUAAUAUUAGAGGUUAUAUUAAAGCUAUGAAACAGAAGUGAAAGGGUUAAUUGCUAAUUAUGAUAAGGAAACAAGUUUUGAUCUUAUAAAAAGACUUGAUAAAGAAAUCCUUGAAAGGUAGAACAGCAAAAUAACAAAUAGUUAGUUGUUAAAAUAUAUUAGAAAUCAUGCUGAUUAUAUUGAGACAUAUGUAAAAGACAAUCUUGAUAUAAUUAAAACUGAAAUAUAGUCACAAUUGACCAAGAAAUUAAAAGAUGAUAUGAAAUAAUUUUUAAAAAGGAUUGUUCAAAACACAUAAAAAUUGAAUGAUUUUAACAAAAAUUUGUCUGCCAAAGAUUAUUUUGUUAAACUAAAAAAUCUAGAUGAAGCUCCCAGCUUAUUGUAUACAGCUGUUUUUGGUUGCAUGUAAGGAGCACUAGAUUAAAAUAUAAUCAAUUUAAUUAAACCUGAUAUGAUACAAGGAUUUUAGAUCCAAGGAUGUUAUAAAUUUCCAUUUACUUUAAAGAAUAAUUUAUAAAACAAAUUUGAUGAAGAAAUAUAGAUCUUAUAUUAUUUUAUGUAAUCUUUUAAUAAGAAAAUCUAAGAGGAAAUGAAGUAAUUGGAUUAAUUAAAAAUUGAUUUUGAAAAAUUAGAUGUUUAAUCUCAUUUAGAUGCUUUACAAGUUAAAUAGAUAGGAUGCUAACAAUCGUGCCCCAUUUGCAAAAGAAAAUGCGAUUUAGAACUUGAUAGAAAUCACAAACACUAAUUCAGAAGCGGACAUUAACUAAGAGGUAAUAUAUUAAUAUCCAAUAUUAGGUUUUAGUGGAGUAAUGAUAGGUGUCAAACCUUCAUUAUUUACUUGUGAAGAAAUUCAAGAUUAUUGUAAGGUAUAGGUAAUGGAAACCAAAUCAAUAAAAUAUUGGGGAGAUAUCAAGGAGAUCUAUAGUGAUUUUUAAUUCUCUUGUAUAGAUGUUGCAGAAAAGAAGGCUUUACUGAAAAAAAAGUUUACUGAUAUUUGGAAUUUGCAUGUUGGGGAAUUGAUCUGUAAGUAAUUAACACAAGAGAUUGGAUAAGAAAUUUAAUUCAUUAAACAGGAAGACUUUGAUAAAGAAUAACUCUAACAAGCACCUAAAACAAUGCAUUAUGUUAUUAUGUUAGAUGACUCUGGCUCCAUGGAAGGGGAAAAGUUUAAUAAUGCAAAAGCAGGUAUCAUAGCAUUUCUUUCAGAAAUUCAUAAAAUGAAAAAUAAAGAUUCAAGAGUAACAAUUAUCAUAUUUAAUUCUAAUGCAAGAGUUGUAAUUGAUUCUGAAGUUAUUAAUCCAAAAGAACAAGAAGAAAAAAUAAAAUUAAUUGGCGGUGGGACAAAUUUUAAUUAUCCAUUCCUUUAGGCCUAUGAAAAAAUUAUUUAAAGGCCUGAUUUUGAUAAAUUCCAUUCGUAAUUAUUUGUUUUAUUCUAGGCAUUCUAUGUUUUUUUAUACAGAUGGAUAAGCAAGUUACCCUUAAAAUGCAUUAGAAUAAUUUGAAUAACUAAGUCCAGAAUAAAAACAAAAAAUAGAACUUAUUGCUUGCUCUGAGGAGAAAAAUCCACCUGAGGCUCUUCAGAAAGUAGUAGGUUUCUUUAAAGAAAAGAAUUUUGCUUUUGCUGAAUUAAAAAGAGCUAUCCAAUCUGAAGAGAUAGGAUCAACAUGGAUAGAAACUAUCAGUUAAAAAACUCAUCAGCUUUAAAAAUUUGGUUGA